CUAGCUGCUAGCAAAGCAUUUCGGGUAUUUAUAAAUACAAUAAUGUGAUUUACUAUUUUAGAGCASGUAACAGUUAGGUAUAACCUUAUUAUUCUGUUUUUCCAGUUAACUUAGCGUGGUCCGUCGCUUAUUGCCAACUCACUCAGAUCUACUUAGGUUAAGGAGAGUGAAUGCAAUGUCAAGCUAACCAGCCUGGUAGCUAACUGACGUCCAAUUCUUGCUAGCCAGCUAACGUUAGCUUACAAUUUGCUAGGAAGAAUAUAUUUGAUCUCAAAUCAUGAGUGAAGAGGASAGUUCCACAUCAGCGGGUAACAACAAUAAGGACUCAAGCAUUCUCCUCACCAAGGACGGACAGACGUACUACGURGACAAGAGCGGUGUUGUCGACAGRAGAAAUGUAGUCACGCCGCAAGAGUCGGACAAUAACAUGUUCUCGUACGACAUGGAUGAUGCCGACGAGGAGAGCGAUGUUCUGGACACAUCGGACCCGCGGGAUAGCGCUGCGAGUCCCGAGGAACUCAACGACGAAGAAGGGUACGGGGAUAGCGAUAACAUUUCAAAGACUUGUACAUACGACGGUUGCACGGAAACUACGACCCAGGUAGCCAAGCAGCGGAAGCCGUGGAUGUGUAAAAAACACCGCAACAAGAUGUACAAAGACAAAUACAAGAGAAAGAAGAGCGACCAGGCUAUGUCCACUGGGAAACAAGAUGAGAGCUUGGAGGAGAGGCCUGUAUCUGUGAACAAGCAGCGUCUUGGUACUGUGGGGGACCGGCCGGCCAGACCCUCCCUCAUCGAACAGGUGCUUAACCAGAAGAGACUGUCUCUGCUGAGGAGUCCUGAGGUGAUCAUGUUUCUACAGCAGCAGCAGCGUCUCCUAGCCAACCAGAGCCUCAGCCAAUCACAGCCUCACUUCCAGGGCUGCUAACGGCAACAGGGGAGGAGCCAGCUUCUCUGGGUGUUCUGGAACUAUUCCCGUGAUUCCACCUAUGAUUCUGACAGGAGAAGAGACCAUAGAGAUCCUGUUCAAUUCCUAAUUCUGUGAGAAGGACUGACUCGUUAUCAAUACAAUUAGGAAAUAGAAUACUAGAUGGCAAUGAACCUUCUAUUGAUGAGAUUAGAUCAGCCAUGUUGGUCAGGGAGGUGGUCAACUAUGGUUUGCCAGUGUUGUGAUGAUAAGAUAUUGUAUAAAACAAUGACUUUGAAUAAUUUAUCUGCACUGUAUGUUUGUUAGCCAGCCAGUUUUAGAGGAAUGGAUUCAAGAAAUGUUUUUAAUUAACUACCAAAAUGCCAACAUUAUAUUCAAACAAAGCAGUCAAUCUACAGCCAGACACUGGCUGAAAUCAGUUGGUGAUUGGAUUUAAGACAAGUUGUAAAUGGAACAAGUACUGAAAUUCACUCACAGCUUUCCAAUAUAUUUUGUGUGACAUUUUAUGGUCUGUUUAAAUAUAUUUUAGAGGUUGUUUAUGCAGAAUAUGUGUAUAAAAAUAUCAGUAUAAACUGUAUUUAUAACUAUAUGACAAUAGUUUAUGUUGAUAAUAAUUAAAUUACACAGCUUGUGAUGUAUCACACGUUUUAUUUUCCUACAUCAGGAAAUGCAUCACCUAUGCCUCUACGGCCARUCAUUCCUAUUAGACUGGUUUUGGAUUUCUCCCUGACCAAGAUGGCUGCCAUUUCAUUCUAUUCUYGAACUUUGAGAGAUUAUGACAUAGCUCCUCUAGUAAUUGAAUAGGAUCUCUGUGGUCCUUGCUACCUAGGACCUGUACUCUUAUCAUCAAUGACCGAGCUUCCAUGAUCAAUCAAUAAAUAAUUUAUACCAUACAUGAA